AUCAGAGCCGCAGGCGGGCGGAGAGAGCCAGCGAGCCCGAGCCUGAGCCCGAGCCCCAGAAGAGAGCCAGCCAGCGAGCGAGGGAGCGGGCGGGCGGCCGGGCGCGCAGCGGCUGCGGACGGCGGCCAGAGCUCGGCGCCAGCCACCUCGGGCCUUCCAGCCAGCCCCGCGGCGGGGCAGCCGCAGGAGCCCUGGCUGUGGCUGGGGGGCAGUGGACCAUGCCAGGGGCAGUGGAAGGCCCCAGCUGGAAGCAGGCAGAGGACAUCAGAGACAUUUAUGACUUCCGAGAUGUUCUUGGCACGGGGGCUUUCUCGGAGGUAAUCUUGGCAGAAGACAAGAGGACGCAGAAGCUGGUGGCCAUCAAAUGCAUCGCCAAGAAGGCCCUGGAGGGCAAGGAGGGCAGCAUGGAGAAUGAGAUCACUGUCCUGCACAAGAUCAAGCACCCCAAUAUCAUAGCUCUGGAUGACAUCUAUGAAAGUGGGGGCCACCUCUACCUCAUCAUGCAGCUGGUAUCGGGCGGCGAGCUGUUUGACCGCAUUGUGGAAAAAGGCUUCUACACAGAGCGGGAUGCCAGCCGCCUCAUCUUCCAGGUGCUGGAUGCUGUCAAGUACCUGCAUGACCUGGGCAUCGUACACCGGGAUCUCAAGCCAGAGAAUCUGCUGUACUACAGCCUGGAUGAAGACUCCAAGAUCAUGAUCUCCGACUUUGGCCUCUCCAAGAUGGAGGACCCGGGCAGUGUGCUCUCCACUGCCUGCGGGACCCCGGGAUACGUGGCCCCUGAGGUCCUGGCCCAGAAGCCCUACAGCAAGGCCGUGGAUUGCUGGUCCAUUGGGGUCAUUGCCUACAUCCUGCUCUGUGGUUAUCCGCCCUUCUAUGAUGAGAAUGAUGCCAAACUUUUUGAACAGAUUUUGAAGGCCGAGUAUGAGUUUGACUCUCCUUACUGGGACGACAUCUCUGACUCUGCCAAAGAUUUCAUCCGGCACUUGAUGGAGAAGGAUCCAGAGAAGAGGUUCACCUGUGAGCAGGCCUUGCAGCACCCAUGGAUUGCAGGAGACACGGCUCUAGAUAAGAAUAUCCACCAGUCAGUGAGUGAGCAGAUCAAGAAGAACUUUGCCAAGAGCAAGUGGAAGCAAGCCUUCAAUGCCACAGCAGUCGUGCGGCACAUGAGGAAGCUGCAGCUGGGCACAAGCCAGGAGGGGCAGGGACAGACGGCAAGCCACGGAGAGCUGCUGACCCCAGCAGCUGGGGGGCCAGCGGCUGGAUGCUGCUGUCGAGACUGCUGCGUGGAGCCGGGACCAGAACUGUCACCCACACUGCCUCCCCAGCUCUAGGGCCCUGGAUCUAGGGUCAGGUGCCCUGCAUGGGAAGGGUUGGGGGCAGCCUACUCUCCUUCCCAGAAUGGAGGAGUUACCCUGCCCCACCCCCUCCUCACCCUUUCCCUUCCCUACCACUCCUCACGGCAUUUUCCAUACAAAUGUUUCUAUUUUAUUGUUCCUUCUUGUAAUAAAGGGAAGAAGAUAAAACCAUA